UUAUCGAUAGAAAUGAUAAAAGUAACAUCCACAUUCUGUUUAGGCAGGGAAUGAAUUACUGAUCGGAAUCGACAUUCUUUCUGUUCAUAACGAUUCUUUGCUGGGAAAAAAAAAAAAAAAAAUGCGUGUCGAAAUUUGAAUGUGUGUUUCGCGGCACCGCAUGUUACGGACAUCAAAAUGGAGGUUACAAAUCCUCAAGCAGAAAAAACCUGUGUAGAGAAACUUGUGGAAAAAAUGUCACUUACACAUUUUCCUUACUGUCAUAAAGUUGAAAAAUAUGAAAAAUUAGCAAAAAUUGGGCAAGGAACUUAUGGAGAAGUUUUCAAAGCAUGCCAUCAUAAAACAAGAAAAUUAGUUGCCCUGAAAAAGAUCCUGGUACAAAAUGAGAAUGAUGGGUUUCCCAUAUCUGCUUUAAGGGAAAUAAAAAUUCUUCAACUUUUAAAACAUGAAAAUGUUGUCAACUUGAUAGAAAUAUGUCGAACAACAGCAACAUCUUUCAAUUAUUAUAAAUCAACUUAUUAUCUAGUCUUUGAAUUUUGUGAGCAUGAUCUGGGUGGUCUGUUGAGAAAUGCCAAUGUAAAAUUUUCUCUUGGAGAAAUCAAAAUGGUUAUGAAGCAACUCUUUAAUGGUUUAUACUUUAUACAUUGUAAUAAAAUCCUUCAUAGAGAUAUGAAAACUGCCAAUGUCCUUAUUACAAAAGCAGGGAUACUUAAAAUUGCUGAUUUUAGUUUGGCAAGAGCUUUCAGCGCUAUCAAAAAUACUGACAAACCGAACAACUACACAAAUAAAGUUGUUACUUUGUGGUAUAGACCACCAGAACUUCUUUUAGGUGAGAGAAAUUAUGGACCUGCAGUUGAUAUGUGGGGUGGUGGUUGCAUCAUGGCAGAAAUGUGGAAAAGAAGGCCAAUUAUGCAGGGUGACACGGAGCAACAUCAGCUGGCAUUGAUCUGUAAACUUUGUGGAUCCAUUACUCCUGAAACUUUUCCAGGGUGUGAAAAACUAGACUUUUGGAAUCAAAUAAAAUUUCCCAAGAAGCAGAAACGCAAAGUUAAAAAUAGGUUAAAGGCUUAUGUGAAAGAUCCACAUGCCUUGGAUUUACUCGACAAGUUAUUCACUAUCGAUCCUACAAAACGAAUUGACAGCGAUACUGCUUUGAAUCAUGACUUCUUUUGGACAGAUCCACUUCCAUGUGAAUUAACAAAGAUGCUUCAAUCUCAUUCCCAGUCUAUGUUCAGUACCAUUUCUAUACUCGGUGAAUCCAAGACAAACCUUAUUGCCAAUAAUGGACAAAACCAUAAGUUUUUCUAAAUGAUGUCGUGUGUUAAUCGCAAGUAUGUAUUAUUGAAAUACAGUGACAAUUUAAAAUAUAUCUGAACAAAAUUAAGAGUUUGAAUACAAUUACCUUGGUUUUCUUUCAAACAAAGUAUUAUAUGAACAAAUUGUGAUUAGAACAUCUUUUUAUUGAAAUUUUUA